AUCACACAAUAGAGAUUUGAACCCCAUUUCCAUAGGGAUAUACUUGCACCAUUUUCUGGCCGCUACUUUUUUCUUAAUCUUAUUUUUCUGAUGAGGUCCGUGGGGUACUCUCUGGUAAUCAACAAUAUGUAAACCAACCCUUUGCACCAUAUCUCAUUCACCAAAAUAUAUUCACUUCACCAAGAAAAUGGCUUCUUAUUCCUCUAUUUUAGUUCGCAAUCUUGUGUUCCUCCUGCUGUCGAUUCUUCUGGUAUCUGCCUCUGCGGAACAAACAAGUGUCAUUUCCCCAAUCAUACCUUCUUUAGAGUCGACCGGAACUCCUACAGAUAACUAUUUUUGUGACACUAACGCCAACGUAUACACGACUCAGGAAUGGGGUCCAACUAAAGAUUGCUUUCUCUGUACACCUUAUUGUUAUGGUGCAUGCGAUUCGUUGCGUACCACUUCGGCGUUAUCCCCGAAAUGCUCAUGGCUUUCGGGUACAAACGUUCGUUGUGAAUGCUGUUGUGUAAAACCCCCAUCUCCUCCACCACCUCCAGCAUGUCCCCCUCCUGCCCCUCUUCCACCACCCCCACCGUGUCCUACUCCUCCGACCGAUAAGUGUGAUACUGGAGACGACGUCACUGAGACUACGAUGCCAAGCUCAAAUUGCGCUGAUUGUACAAAUUGGUGUAAUGAAGAUUGUUCGGAAUCAGGAGGGCGUGUGAUUGAGAGCAAGUGCGCUAUAGGUGAAUCUAAAUUCGUAAGGCGUUGCAACUGCUGCUGUCGUGGAGGAAAGUCUGUUCUAAAGUUGUCUUAGUUUUCCUAUGGAUGUUAUCAGGUCUCUCGGAUCAUGAAGCUAGAAGCUACUGUCUUCCUUAUCUUUACUGUCGGUUGGCAUCAUCAUCAUUCGUAGAUGAGAUGGGUAUUGGAUGCAAUAAUAAAAAACUAUGAAAAGUCUAAUAAAUAAAAGUUAUUGAUAAUUAGCUCCUUUCU